AGAAAUUUGAUGGACUUAGACUUUAUUUUUUUCCCAGCACCAAAAGAAAUAUCAAAUGAUCAUGAACAUGGUCAAAUUUUAUGGAUUCCGAAAUAUCCAAAACUAUAUCCUACAUUUAAAAAUUAUGUACCUAGAACAAAUAAAAAAAGAGGAGUAUUUUUCAAAUAAAGUGAAUAAGAUUUUGAAGAUGAUCAUUUUUUAAUUGAUGAACCUACGUAAGAAAUAUAAUUUAUAAAAUAGAGAAUCUUAAUUACAACCAAUACCAAAUUUUUAAUGGAAACCAAUAACAAGAAGACAAACAAAGAGAUAAACAACAGAUAUUAAUUCACCGACAUUUGAUUCUAAUGAGGGUAGUCCAAAUGUUCAAUAAAAGUUGUAAAAAUUAAAUAUGCAAUCUGUUUAAAUAAUAACAAAAAAACCAUAAUUGUGUAGAAUGUCAUCUAAUCUUUAUCCUGUAAAAAAGACAAGAAUUGAUUAAAGUAUUUGCUUUAGUUAACCAUUAAUUAAAUUACCUUAAGAAUUGAUUGAUCUGAAAUAAACAAACUAAAAUGAAUCUUUUGAUGAUUAACCUCCACUUAGAUCUAACUCAAGAGAAUCUCAUUAAAUAAAUGGACAUAUUCCUUGUAUGUAUGUAGAUUCAAAAAAACAUUCCCCUAAUAUUUUAUUAUAUUUUCAUGCAAAUUGUGAAGAUAUAACAUAGUCAUAUAAUUUUUUAGUUCAUCUCCGUGAAAAUUUAUAAGUAUGAAAAUGUAGUAUAUUAUUUUAGGUAUCUGCAAUAGCUGUAGAAUAUCCUGGAUAUGGAAAAUAUAAAAAUGAAUAACCUUCAGCUGAAGCAAUAUUAAACGAUGCUGAAUAUGUGUUUAAUUAUUUAACAAAGAGAUUAGGAUAUGCUGAAAAUAGAAUUAUAGUAUUUGGUAGAAGUAUAGGAAGUGGACCUGCUACUUAUAUAGCUAAUAAAUAUAAACCUGCAUGUCUAGCUUUAAUGUCUCCAUUUACAUCACUUAAAGCAGCAGUCAGAGAUUAUAUUGGAUCAUGGGCAUAAUUCCUUAUUAGAUAAAGAUUUGAUAAUUUAGAAUAAAUUUAAAAAGUUAAAGUACCUACUUUUAUUUUACAUGGCAAAGCUGAUAAUAUAAUACCAUAUUCAUAAGCAUAAGAAUUAUAUAGUAAACUUAUUUUUUAUUUAGAAUCAUGUAAAUCUGAUAAAUGUAUUUUACAUUUGGCUGAUGAUAUGGAUCAUAUUAGUUAUAGAUUGUAUAAAGACUUAAUUAAUCCAUUUACUGAAUUUCUACUUUAAAUUAAAUAUUAUCAGAAUUGUUCUCAAGGACCUAAAAUGCCAACUGUUCUCUUUUAUGAUCCUACCCUUGAAUGAAUAUUAAAAUAAAC